CAGUACCUCUCCUGCUCAUUCUUGCCCGCACUGGCUGGGAAGACGCACUUGCUGCUUUUCUGCAUGGCUGCUGGCUCUGCUCCACUCUCCCUCUGUGCCUCUCUGGCUUUUUUUCACCACGUCCCUCUCCAGCCCAUGUCUCCCCUCGUGGGGCAUGUUUCGCCAGCCUCCUUCCCUGGCUGCUUUUGCUACUGCUGAUGGAGCAGCGGAGCUGACUGAGGCUACGCUGCUGCACCACUCAGUUUGUCUUCUCAUCUUUUGCCUCACAUUUCGCCUUGCUGGAUAACCGCCUGCCAGAGACAGGGACAGAGGGGAGGGAGGGAGGGAGAGAGAGUGUGCUCUUCAUUCAGCUGCUGCAUUCUUCAGUCUGUCUUUCCCUCUGCUGCUCUCCAGCAGAGGGAACAACUGGACAAGAGCGAGGUCUUUGAAGGAAUUCCUCCUCUUCUCACUCUGCUUCCUCCUUCUGUUCAUUCCUGGGACAGAGUGGAGAGGAGGACACCAGAGGGAGGGAGUGAGAGCAAGACUUCAGCCUUUUGCGGUGUCAGUGUCCCACCUCGCUCCAGAGACACAUAAGACAUACGUGCAUAGACUAGACUUAGUUGGAGCUGAACAAACUGAAAGACAGAUUGACAGACAAAAUCAGUCUGCGCGCAGAGAGACAGACAUAAACACAGACAGGUGGUAUCAUGGCGUCAGUGGACAGCACCGGUUCAAGUGUCUCCAGUCGGCUGAGAUCAGGAGAUCUACUUCAUGCUGGUCUGGCAGUUGCCCUGCUGCUGGGUGUGUGGAACGUUGGUGGACUGGAGGUGUCUACAGGGAAAGUGUCUUCAAUUGAAGCAAUGAAUGGCUCCACAGUGCUGCUGCCUUGCACCUACUCCUCCUGCAUUGGCAUCCAAAAUCUGCAGUUCAACUGGCAUUAUAAUGACAAUGGCACUAUGGUUAAGCUUUGUGAAGGAGUGGUUCCUACUGAGGGGGUGGAGCCCAGAGUGCAGGUGUUCCACGAACGUGUAGAGUUUGUUGGCUCUUCGAAGGGCAGCAACAUCUCUAUCCUGCUGUGGAACAUCACGUUUGAAGAUGAAGGAGAAUACAAAUGUUUCGCCAUGAAUCCAAAAGAGAAGAACCGCAACCACAGUGCUGUGUUCACACUCAUAGUGGUAGAUCAAGUGAAGGAGGUUGACAACACGUUAACAGUCAUCAUUGUCUCAGUACUGGGUGGAGUCAUUGGCUUAGUUAUCAUCAUCAUGGUCGUAAAAGCUGUGGUACUUCACUUUCUGAGGAAGGACGGUGAGAAAAACAAAGAGUGCCUGGUGAGCUCCUCAGGGAAUGACAACACAGAGAAUGGACUUACAGGAGCCAAAGCUGACAACAAAGGAACACCAAAGGCAUGAGCAAAAUGUAAAGUAUGUUUGUAGAUACUGUAUGUCAGACAAAUGUACACAUUCAGAGAAAAUUAUGCUUAUCAAAGGACUGUUUUAUCUUAAUAGUAGCUAACUAAUAAAAUAUGUAAAAUGUCUAUUUUAAAUUAUGCUUGAAAUCUAGAAAGUGUGAAAUGUG